AUGAAGUGCUGGUCCUCACAGUUCUCGCACAUCGCCUACGAGUAUAAGAGAGGUUACGGACAGCCUAUCAAUAGUCCGAUGGCUGUCGUCAUACAAGAGAUGAUUGGCUGCGAAUCGGCGGGAGUUAUGUUCACUUGUGAUCCCAUCACCGGUGAUGAGAGGUUUCUGGAGAUUACGGGCAAUUAUGGGUUGGGAGAAUCAGUGGUGUCGGCGUCUUCAGAGCCGGACACAAUCAAACUGUCGGUCAAUAUUGAGUCCAACUCUCUGUCCAAACGAAGACAUAUCAACCGAAUUGAGUCUAAAGUGAUCGGACGGAAGAAGACGCUAAUAAAGUUGUCUGAAAGUGGGGGCACUGUCGAGGAAGUGGUUAGCGAUACGAGUAAUUGUUGUGUCAGUGAUCAGGAUUUGAUGCGUUUGGGAGAUAUUGGGCUUAAGAUUCACAAACACUACGGAAACGCGAGAGAUAUAGAGUGGGGUGUGAAAGGGGGACAAAUAUUUAUGCUACAGUCGAGACCUGUCACCAAUUUGGACAACUCGUACACGGAUUAUGAGAUUAUGCACGAAAUGGACAGCCCCCUGGAAACGCGAGAGAUAUAG